AAAGGCAAAAUAGUGGUGUCAAUGUGAACAAGACUGGAGCAUGUUUGGACAACAGAUCUGUAGUUCCUUACAAUCCAGCACUAUUGAUGAGGUACCAAGGUCAUGUGAAUGUUGAGUAUUGCAACAAAUCAAAUGCAAUCAAGUACUUAUUCAAGUAUGUGAACAAAGGCCCUGAUAGAGCCAAUCUUCAGAUUAAAGAUGGCCAACAACCAGCACCGAUUGAUGAAAUCAAGCGCUACUAUGAUUGUAGAUAUGUGUCACCAGCUGAGGCGGCUUGGAGGGUUAUGCUUUUGAUAUUCAUGAACACUGGCCUUCUGUUUUGAGAUUAGGUUUGCAUCUUGAAGGGCAGCAACCAGUUACAUUCAAGGAACAUCAACAUCUUGAACAAGUUCUUAUUUACCAUGAAUCUAUUUCAACAAUGUUUCAGGCCUGGUUUAUUGCAAAUCAAACAUACAGUGAGGGUAGGAAUUUGACUUAUGCAGAGUUUCCUUCUAAAUUUACAUAUCACCAAAAAGAAAAGUAUUGGGAACCAAGAAAGAAUGGAUAUUCUAUAGGUAGACUUUCUUACAUUCCUGUGGGUUCCGGCGAGUUGUAUUACAUGAGAAUUCUUUUAACCGUUCAAAAAGGUUGCAAGAGUUAUGAAUGUAUCAGAACUGUCGAUGGAAAUGUUUGCAAAAGUUUUGAAGAAGCAUGCUAUAUUCUUGGUUUGUUAAGAGAUGAUAAAGAAUUUAUCGAUGGUAUUUCUGAAGCAUCUCGAACUGAAAGUGGCCACAUGCUGAGAUGUCUGUUUGUUAGAUUGUUGAACAUGAACACAAUGACGAAGCCUGAUGUUGUAUGGAAUGCUACUUGGAAAUUCUUAUCUGAUGGAAUUCUUUACAACAGAAGAAGGACACUAAACAUUCCAGAUUUACAAAUUCCUGAAGAUGAGUUGAAAAAUCUUUGCCUAAUAGAAAUAGAAAAGCUUCUAAUGUGCAAUGGUAAAUCUCUGAAGAGUUUUAAGUGUCUACCAUACCCAACUUUUGAUUCAUUGUUUGCUGAAGAGAAUAAGUUGAUAUCCGAUGAGUUGAACUAUGAUAGAGAUCAAAUGCGUCAGCUGCACGAAGAAUUAUUGCAGAAGCUAACUGAUGAACAACACCACGUCUACUCUACUAUAAUGAAAUCUGUCACUGCUCAAGAUGGUCAGUUUUACUUUUUAUAUGGAUACGGUGGUACAGGAAAGACUUUUUUGUGGAAUACACUGUCCGCUGCUAUUAGAUCACAAGGAAAUAUUGUCAUAAAUGUAGCUUCUAGCGGAAUUGCAUCUUUAUUAUUACCUGUGGCAAAACAGCUCAUUCUACAUUUUGCAUUCCUUUGGUUGUCAAUGAUAAGUCAAAUUGCAGCAUCAAACAACAGGACCUAA